AUGAUCGAACAGAGCAAGAGGAAAGGGAUGGAGCUGGUCACUGUGACUGCUAAAAAGCCGAGGAAUGAGCUGGUGGCAUCGGGACCACCAAGAUCAUCCAGUCUCCAAGCGCCUAUUAUGCUGUUAUCUGGACACGAAGGAGAAGUAUACUGCUGCAAAUUUCAUCCCAAUGGGCUUACACUUGCUUCAGCAGGAUUUGACCGAUUAAUCCUUCUGUGGAAUGUGUAUGGGGAAUGUGACAACUAUGCAACCCUAAAGGGUCAUAGUGGAGCUGUGAUGGAAUUGCAUUACAAUACAGAUGGCAGCUUGCUGUUCUCUGCGUCAACUGAUAAAACCGUUGCAAUUUGGGACUGUGAAACUGGAGAGAGAGUGAAGAGGCUAAAAGGACACACAUCAUUUGUGAAUUCCUGUUAUCCUGCCAGGAGGGGUCCACAGCUCAUCUGUACAGGCAGUGAUGAUGGGACAGUGAAGCUUUGGGACUUCAGGAAAAAGGCAGCAGUGCAGACUUUCCAAAAUACAUAUCAAGUAUUAUCCGUUACCUUCAACGACACCAGUGACCAGAUUAUCUCAGGAGGCAUAGAUAAUGAUAUAAAGGUGUGGGAUCUAAGACAGAACAAGCUGAUGUAUACAAUGAGAGGUCAUGGUGAUUCUGUAUCAGGCCUCAGUCUUAGUUCUGAAGGUUCUUACUUGCUCUCGAAUGCAAUGGAUAACACAGUCCGCAUAUGGGAUGUUCGCCCAUUCGCCCCAAAGGAAAGAUGUGUAAAAAUUUUUCAAGGAAAUGUGCACAAUUUUGAAAAGAAUCUGUUGCGUUGUUCCUGGUCUUCAGAUGGCAGCAAAAUAGCAGCUGGAUCAGCAGACAGGUUUGUGUAUGUUUGGGACACCACCUCCCGCAGGAUUCUAUAUAAGCUUCCAGGCCAUGCAGGCUCUGUCAAUGAAGUUGCCUUCCACCCUGAAGAGUCAGUUGUUCUGUCUGCUUCCAGUGACAAAAGACUAUAUAUGGGUGAAAUCCAAUGA